GAUACGCUGGUCCCUGGCUCCCCAACGGAGGGGCUGCUGAGCUUUGGGAGACCUCAUGAAAAUUCAGCUUAAGGCCAUGAAAAGACAAAAUGACAACACAUUUAGUUAUAGAUCAAAUUGGCUUCUAUUUAUGAUUCGUGAAUCUGGACAGCCUCCAUUCUACAAAAUGGAGUGAGAGCUCCCACCAGGCAGUGGCGGAGCAGGGGGUUCGUAAGGCAGAAAGGAGGAAACAGAAAAAUAGGAAACACCAAACCGCCUAAUACCGGAUCGCUGCAGACUGCUUUUUUCUAAGGGGUAAGGCAGAGGGGACCUGAUGAUGCCGGUUCAGGUGGACUGGAAUCUCCUGCUUCCCGGAGAAACUGGUCUGUGGUUUUGGGCUCUGUCUGCUUCCUUAAAGCUUCGGUUUGAUGAUGUGGCAUGUGGCAUGAGUGCCUCCAUUUUGGUUUGGUCUGGUCUGUUGGGGCCUAGUACAGGAGCUCAGUUCAAAAUCACAGCCUCUCAUCAUGUUUGUUUAAUGAAGCUACACUGCAGGAGAUCAGAAUCGGAGACCCUGCGGUAUUGGGCCUGUGGGUCCCCUGAAGUUGGCCUAGUGAUCCCCACCUUCUGGCUGCCCUGAUGGGGGUCCCCCAGGCCCUCUACCCACCAUGUUCAGUCCCUCUGUCACCACAUCCCUGUCCUCAGUUGGGUCUCAGGGUGAUGUCCUUGUCUCCCCAACACCCACCUUGGAUCAAGGCCCCUUCAGGCCCCUGCCCCAGGGGUCUCCUCCCCGAGCUCUCCUCUGGUACAUCCGUCCUCCAUGGAUGCUGAGCACUUCCCGGGGUCCCAGUGCUUGAAUUCUCCCGACAGUGGUAAUGGGUGCCACAGGCAGUGCCCAAUUUUACAGAUGGGAAACGUGAAUACAAAGAGGUCAAGCAACCUGCCCAAGGUCUCCCCACUCACACAUGUGGUUGCUGCAGUUUAAACCCAGGUCAUUGGGCCCCCAGACCAUGCCAUGCUGGGAGGAUGCUCUUAGAAGUCCCAUGGUGUAGAUGAGGAAACUGAGGCAGGAAGAAUGAGAGAACGGGCAGAGCCUCCGUUUCCCUGGAAUCCAACCCACUUGAUAGGCCAGGGUGUGAACGAGCAGGGAGUCCCUGCCCAGGGACGGUCCCUGCUGUGAGGUUGGGGGCAGCGGCUCGGCCAGCCAUUCACUCCCUGUGAUAUGUCAGCCCCGUUCCUCCCCACUCUGUUCCCAGAGCCUGUGGGCACCCACAGCGAGCACCCAGGCUGGCAUAGUGCCCAGCACAUGGGCACCUUAUUGUUUUUAGAGGCCCAUGGCCUUGAGAGGAAGUGGCUGGUCCUGCCCUGGCCCCCAGGCCAGAGGAAACAGCCGCUAUCUUCAUCACCAAAUGAUGUGGCAACUCCCCCCGACCCCAGAAGCUGCGGGUCUGGGCCAAAUGCACCUCAACCUGUGAUGGCGGGCCACACCCCAGAGACCCUUGGGCCCAUCAGCCCCUGGACCUCAGUGGCUCAGCCGCAGGAGGCAAGAGGCGGUCUCAGACCCCACAACCUAAGCAGUGUGGUGAGUGGCAGCAACAGUGAGGAGGGAGGCCAAGGAAAUGGAAUCCAAAUAGCAAGAGACCUCCCCUCACCGGUCACCCCUCCCACAGCUGGCCUACCGGAGUCCACCCGGCCUUGGGUCUGCUGUCCAGGCCCCAGCCCAGUGUCCCUUCCCCCAAGGACUUGGCUGCCCAUCCCCAGGGGACUGUGAGGGAGGUGGGAGCUGAGGUGGAUAGUCUUCUGCUCUUCUGGAUUUGGGUUUUCCAGUAUGAGGAGCUGGGUGGCAUCAGGCAAGCUCUGGCCCUCUCUGAGCCUCAGCCUCCAUCUCCUUCAGUGGGGUGAAUAGUGGUCCCUCAGUGGGCGGCCGUGGUGGUGAAAUGAGCGAGGGCAGGCAUGGGGAUCACACUCCUUACAACCUCACACUGUGGGAUGAGUGCCGCGGGGGUGGGCUUGGGGGACCCCAGCCCAGUGCCUGAUUCAGGAGUUCCCUAUUCUGUGUGUCCACAAUGGCUGCCCAGCACCCUUGGGAGAUAACAGGCCCAGGAUCCCCCCGAUCUCAGGCAGAAGGUGGCCUGGGCUUCUCCGCUUGCCAGGGUCCUGCCCAGCUCCCCGUCCCCCACUGGGCACUCCCUGGGGGCCUCAGUCCAGAGUGAGUGACCCGUAGGGGCAAUGCCAGGGCUGGUUGCCCUGUGGGAGAGAUGUGUCCUGUGGCCCCGGUGAGUUGUUUUCAGCGUUGCUAGGAGGGUUGCUGGAAUGUUCCCUGCAGAACUCCAUCCCCCACAGAGCUCCCGGCCCACGGUCCACCAUUCACGUUAUGUGCCUUGCAUUUUUGUGGUUUCUGCAGAGAUUCUUACAAAGGGUGAGAGAGGCACAGGCGUGGUUUGCCUUUGACCACUGGCAGAAGUCUGAAGGUGAGAGUAGAAUGGAGAAGGACCCAGGAGAGUGCGGAGUUGAGGGAGAUAAAUAUUUGCAGGCUACUUAGCAAAACACCCAGAGCUGACCUUUGUCGAGUACUUUCUGUGGGCACAACAGCAAAUGUUUUAUGCAGCAUGAUGUCAUUUAAUCCUCACGAUGACACCAGGUGCCAUUAGCAUCCCCAUUUCACAGAUGAGGAAACCGAGGCAGAGAAGGUGAGUGACUUGCCCAAGGUCCCACAACCAGUAAGAGGCAGAGCCCGGAGACAGGCCUGAUGGUGGCUCGAGAGGCUCGUUCUUGGCUCCUGGGUCUCAGUCCUGCUCCCGUGACGAGCCAUCCCCUAUGGGGACCAUGGUGCCUGUCCUGUGUGCGGGCCGCUGCCCAGCUUCUCCCAAUCAGAGCAGGAAGAUGGUGGGUUCAGCCUGGCCCCCCAAUCACUCCAGCUGAGGGCUGGCCUGGGGCUCCCAACCAGGCUCUCGGUAGCACACUGGUCCAGCAGGGCCAUCCUGCAGACCGGAGCAGAUCCCGCCCUCAAGGUGGCCACUUAACAAUCACCCACAGCCUUGCGCUCACCGAUGCUGGGCCCUGGGCUCAGAACCGACUGUGUGGUCUCAUCAUUAGCUGGCAGGUGCCAUCAUUACACCGGUAACAUGAGAGGCUUCAAGCACUAGGUCUCAAAUAAGGCACAGAGGGGCCUGCCUCCCAGUCUAAUGAGGGGGAAAUAAGGGAGAUGUGGACAGGGUUGGGAGGUGGGUAGAGUGUAACCAGACAUUUAUCACAUGGCACAACUCAGAACGCUGGGGAGCAGAGUCAAGGGGCCACUGUGACAGUGGAUGAGGGCAUAAUCUGGGUGGGCUGCCUGGAGGAAGCAUCAGCCAAGCUGAGAUCUGGAGGAAAGGGACUCGGAGAGGGAAGGAGGAAAGGGUCCCCACGGGUCCUUGGCACCAGGCCGAGGAACGAGUGCGUCAGAGUGCUCCUCCGAUGAACUUCAAGUAAACAGGCAGGGCUCGGGGGAAUGUCUAGGCCCCUACCCUGCCUGCCAGCUCUGGCUGGCACCAGCAUGGAGGCAGGAACGCCCUCUCCCCCGCCCUGAUCCUCUCCCCCACAGCUGUUUCUGCCUCCCAGCACCACAGCCCCGGCAGGGUGGGCAGCAGGGCCUCCAGGAGGCCCGAGGUGUUCUCCCCCUCUUCCUGAGGAAGCUGAGGCACAGGGAGAGGAGGCUAUUGCCCACUGGCCUGGCCUCCCUGGGCAGUGCCCCCAGGCUGGGGACAGAGGAAGACAGAGAAUUCUGUGUCUGGAGUGCUCCAAGGUGGUGGCCAUGGUGGCAGUGGGUCACCCCCUCUACUCAUCAAGCUCCUGCUUACACCAUUCAGGCUGGCAGAGGAUGGACCCCCUUGAGGACACGCUGCGGCGACUGCGGGAGGCCUUCCACGCGGGGCGCACGCGGCCAGCUGAGUUCCGGGCUGCGCAGCUCCGAGGCCUGGGCCGCUUCCUGCAAGAAAACAAGCAGCUUCUGCACGACGCACUGGCCCAGGACCUGCACAAGUCGGCCUUCGAGUCGGAGGUGUCUGAGGUUGCCAUCAGCCAGGGCGAGGUCACCCUGGCCCUCAGGAACCUCCGGGCCUGGAUGAAGGACGAGCGUGUGCCCAAGAACCUGGCCACGCAGCUGGACUCCGCCUUUAUCCGGAAGGAGCCCUUUGGCCUGGUCCUCAUCAUUGCGCCCUGGAACUAUCCCCUGAACCUGACGCUGGUGCCCCUCGUGGGUGCCCUCGCUGCAGGGAACUGUGUGGUGCUGAAGCCAUCAGAGAUUAGCAAGAACGUCGAGAAGAUCCUGGCCGAGGUGCUGCCCCGAUACCUGGACCAGAGCUGCUUUGCUGUGGUGCUGGGCGGGCCCCAGGAGACGGGGCAGCUGCUGGAGCACAGGUUCGACUACAUCUUCUUCACAGGGAGCCCUCGUGUGGGCAAGAUUGUUAUGACUGCUGCCGCCAAGCACCUGACACCUGUCACCCUGGAGCUGGGGGGCAAGAACCCUUGCUAUGUGGAUGACAACUGCGACCCCCAGACCGUGGCCAACCGCGUGGCCUGGUUCCGCUACUUCAACGCCGGCCAGACCUGCGUGGCCCCCGACUACGUCCUGUGCAGCCCCGAGAUGCAGGAGAGGCUGCUGCCCGCCCUGCAGAGCACCAUCACCCGUUUCUAUGGCGACGACCCCCAGAGCUCCCCAAACCUGGGCCGCAUCAUCAACCAGAAACAGUUCCAGCGGCUGCGAGCAUUGCUGGGCUGCGGCCGCGUGGCCAUUGGGGGCCAGAGCGAUGAGAGCGAUCGCUACAUCGCCCCCACGGUGCUGGUGGAUGUGCAGGAGACGGAGCCUGUGAUGCAGGAGGAGAUCUUUGGGCCCAUCCUGCCCAUCGUGAACGUGCAGAGUGUGGACGAGGCCAUCGAGUUCAUCAACCGGCGGGAGAAGCCCCUGGCCCUGUACGCCUUCUCCAACAGCAGCCAGGUGGUCAAGCGGGUGCUGACCCAGACCAGCAGUGGGGGCUUCUGUGGGAAUGACGGCUUCAUGCACAUGACCCUGGCCAGCCUGCCUUUUGGAGGAGUGGGUGCCAGUGGGAUGGGCCGGUACCAUGGCAAGUUCUCCUUCGACACCUUCUCCCACCAUCGCGCCUGCCUCCUGCGCAGCCCGGGGAUGGAGAAGCUCAACGCCCUCCGCUACCCGCCGCAAUCGCCGCGCCGCCUGAGGAUGCUGCUGGUGGCCAUGGAGGCCCGAGGCUGCAGCUGCACACUGCUCUGAGCCCUUCCCCAGGCCCAGGCUGUAGACCACCAUGACAGCUGUCGCCUGCGGCUGGUGGAGACGGGGCCUGGGCUCCCGGGCCCGAGGAGGAAAAGGAUUGCCAAGGCUCCAGGGCACCCCUCAAAGCAGCGUCUGCCUCCUCCCUCCUGGGUCUUCCCUCUCCCUGCCUCAGCCUCCUCCCUCAGCCGCUCCCAACCAUGAGAGCCGAGGUGGGAGGCAUGGGAAACAGUGCAGUGACCCACCCCCUGCCCCCGCACCAACCACCCAUGUUCAGGAGAAGAGGACAGACACGGCACCUCUGAGUCACCCCUCUCCUGUGGAGCGGGCGUCCGAGGGGCCCUGGCAUCUGACUCAGGCCACACCAUGGAAUCACUGCAUCCAAGGCCAUUCCUGCCCUCUCUGAGUCUCAGUUUCUCCAUUUGUUCAGUGGAGAGAAUUAACCAUUGAUACCUCCUGGCUGGAUGAGGUGGCUCACACCUGUAAUCCCAGCACUUUGGGAGGCUGAGGCGGGCGGAUCACCUGAAAUCAGGAGUUCAAGAUCAGCCUGGCUAACAUGGCGAAACCCCGUCUCUACUAAAAAUACAAAAAUUAGCCCAGCGUGGUGGCGCAUGCCUGUAAUCCCAGCUACUCAGGAGACUAAGGCAGGAGAAUCGCUUGAACCCGGGAGGUGGAGGUUGCCGUGAGCCGAGAUUGCGUCACUGAACUCCCGCCUGGGUGACAGAAGGAGGCUCUGCCUUAAAAAAAAAAAAAAACCUCCUGGGACUGUUGCAAGGAUGAAAUGAAGGAUUGAGGGAUUGAGGGAUUGUUGAGCUGGAGCUCCAGGUGUCCUAUCUUUCUCGGUGGGGUGGCACGGAGCGGGGCCGCCUCCCUCUUCUCUCCAGGCAGGUGGGGCUGUGGUUAUGCGAUAGGGUCUCCCUUCCCUCCAGCCCAUGCCAGAGGAGCUUGUAACUCUUUAUCCUCAUGGUGCCCACUACGAGUCAUACUCUUCCCCAUGCUGCUCAUCCUCCUGGGCCCCAUCCACUCAGCCAAAGCAGAAUGCAGGGUUUCCCGCCUGACAACACUUUUCACCUCCCAAGUCCCACUUUUGAACAAGCUGAUGAUUCUGAAACCGGCCCAAUUUCCUAACAAGCCGGAUGCUUGAGAAACCUACAUUUGGACAAUGAGAGGCAGCUCCUGCGGCCUGCGGGCCACCUCCUCUUCCUUGGCUCCUGCUUUCUUUUCAGACUAUAUCAACCUACAACUUUAGUCGGGGAGGGGGACAGGGGUGGACCUGAGUUUCGUCUCCUGUCUCUCUGGCUGAUGUCACCUGAAUAAAGCCUUCUUCCCUGGCAA